AUCAAAUAUUUGGGAAUGAAAACACCUGUGCACAAAUACACAAAUGUCCUGAACUCACGCGGAAGGUUGAAGCAAAGUCACGUGACUCAGGCGUCAAGAAAUCAGCUGGGGACUCGGAGUUUCACUCAGCAAAUCCAGGUUUGGUGAAUUAUUCUGUGAAGAUCUCCAUCAUGUACCGAUCAAGUGGAGUUGAUGCAAAUGUGCUGGCGCAGAAUAUAAGUUCAAAUAUCCAAAGAAUAACAUUGCUAACUAAUGAAAUCCAGCAGAUGAUGAGACAUUUUGGAACGGCACAAGACACGACUGACCUGCGACAGACAUUACAGGAGAAACAGCAGAAGGUCAAUCAGCUUGCUAAAGAGACAGACAAAUGCAUGAAAGAUUACAGUGCUUUACCUGUGACCACAGAACAGCGUCAAAGAAAAAUCCAGCGAGAACGUCUCAUCACUGAAUUCUCCAAUGCGCUGGCCCUUUUCCAGAAAGCUCAGCGAGAGGUAGCAAAGAAAGAGAAGGAGUUUGUGGCGCGUGUCCGAGCGAGCUCGAGAAUUUCAGGUGGUGAUAUCGAUGAUGGGUUUGGAGGAUUUCCAUCACCCUUCCAAAGUGAGAUUCAUGCUCAAGAUCAGAGAUAUGAGGAGACCAUCACAGAAGAAGAUCUGCAGCUCAUUCAGGAGAGAGAAUCAGCAAUCAGACAGCUGGAGUCGGACAUCACAGACAUUAAUGAAAUCUUCAGAGAUCUGGGCAUGAUGGUGCAUGAACAGGGAGACAUGAUCGACAGUAUAGAGGCCAAUGUAUCAAAUGCAGAGAUGAAUGUGCAGACAGCCACACAACAGCUGGGCAGAGCAGCAAGUCACCAGACGUCAUUCCGCAAGAAGAUUUUCAUCCUGAUCGCUGUUCUGAUUGUGUUUGCUGUCAUUAUUGGUUUGAUCAUCUGGGCUUCUGUCAAAAACUAAAUUUGACCAUCAGAUGUCCGUCAGCAUUUGCACUGGCAUGUUUGUACUGAGUUAUGGAGGUUUGUCACUAACUGAAGCUGUCCUGACUUGCUUUCUAAAUACAGUUAAGAUAUUGUCACUAACAGAAUGUUUAAUACAAGUUGAGCUCUAAGGACAGUAUCUUUAGUGUGCAGUUCCUUACCACAGAAACUUAUUUUAACUCCAUUUGUUAAAGGGGUCCUAUUAUGCUCUUUUACAAAGUCUUGAUUUUGUUUUGGGGGUGUACUAGAACAGGCUCUCAUAGGUUGUU